AUGUCCGCAGUUUGGAGUUAUUUCACAGUCAAGGACGAAAAAAACAAAGCCGAGUGCAACCAAUGUAAAGUAAGCGUUUUGAGAGGUGGCUGUGGUAGAAACUUAAACACAACUAACUUGAUAAAACACUUGCAGAAACAUCACGUGAAGCAGUAUGAGGAAUUUAAACAGACAACUAGUGCAAAGAAGAAAAGUGUUCCGCAACAGCAACAACAAACUUUGCGCGAAGCCAUUGAGAAGCGUGAGAAACUUGCACCUGAAAGCAACAAAGCAAAGCUCAUAACGGAGAAAGUGACUGAGUUCAUUGUGCUGGAUGACCAACCACUUUCUGUUGUCGAGAAUGUUGGUUUUCGACGUUUAAUGGAGUGUUUGGAGCCUCGCUACAUAAUGCCAAGCCGAUAUUAUAUCUCCGACACGGCUGUGCCAAGAGAAUCUAUUGCUGCAGCAAUGGAGAUGAUGUUAAACACAUGGAAAAUAGAUAAAAGUAAAGUCCAUGUCGUUUUAAGAGACAAUGCUACCAAUGUAAUUAAAGCAAUGAAUUGCCUUGGAGUUCCCAGUUUGGGAUGCUUUGCUCAUACCCUACAACUUAUUGUGAACGAGGGGCUGCUUUCACAGCGCAGUGUAAGCGAUACAGUGGCUAUUGGCAGAAAAAUUGUGGGUCACUUCAAGCACUCACCACUUGCCUAUUCGCACUUGGAAGACAUUCAGUUGGAACUGAAUAUGCAGCCCAAGCGUUUGCAACAAGAUGGGCUACUUGAAAAGAUCAUCACAGUUCUAGCACCAUUUGAAGAGCUAACAAAAGAGGUGAGCUCUUCAUCUGCCUUUGCGUCUGAUGUCAUUCCCAGUGUCAGUGUCCUUAAACGCAUUCUCACACAACAAAAUGAGGCAGACGAGGGAAUUAAAACCAUGAAGAGCACCCUCCUUGAAGCUGUAAACAGACGGUUCAGAGACGUGGAAUCUACACCACUCUACUCGGUUGCAACGCUACUAGAUCCUAGAUAUAAAGACAGGUACUUCACAAAUGCAGAAUGCUCAAGACAUGCAAAGGAUGCAUUAUUGGUACAGGCAAGGAAGAUGGAGGAAGUGCUGGGGAGGACUGUAUCAGAUGCCUCACAGGCAGCAGAGGGGACCUCAUCUGAAUUGGCAGCUCCAGAGCCAGCAAAGAUUUCACGGGUGGAGGCUACAAGCAAGAGCAGACUUGGAAACAUGUUUAAAGAAAUCUUGGAAGAAAGCACAGUAGAAUCAGUUCCUCAGUCAACCACCACAAAUGCAUGCAUUGAAAUUCACACCUACCUCAUCGAACCAACUAUUCAGCGUUCAGAUAAUGCACUGCUGUACUGGAAAGUGAACAAACUUAGAUUCCCCUGUCUGGCAGCCACAGCAACUAAAUUCCUUUCUGCGCCUUCCACAAGUGUGGAGAGCGAGCGACUGUUUAGCUCAGCCUCCAUUAUUAUUGAUGAAAGGAGGAACAGCCUCUCAGCUGAGAAAGCUGAAAUGCUAAUUUUUCUUAAGAAGAAUUUGCCCACCAUGUUUAAGUAAACACUCUUAUUUAUUUUUUUAUUUUUUGUGGCAGUUUUAAGGUCAGGCACCUAUUGCAAUCUCUUUGGGACACUUAAACCAAAUAUGUUACAUUCAAUUUACAUUCCUAGUCUCUUUUCAUUCAGGAGUUAAAGAGUUAAACGUUCAGACAGAGUUAAAUCCAUUAUAAAUGCUUAGUUUCUACAUGUUUAUACAUGUGUUUUACAGUUUUAUGGUAAUCAUAAGUUAUGGUUUACUUUAUAGAUGCAUGACUACAUUAAGGUUUCCGUUACAUCCAGUACGUGAUACUGGAAUUAUAGGUCUCUGAAUUUGCACUUUAAAUUUUGCAAAGUUACACUUUACAUUUUGCAAAGUUGCACUUAAAAUUUUUGCAAAGUUGCACUUUAAAUUUUGCAAAGUUGCACUGUAAACUGUGCACAGUUGCACUUUAAAUUUCAUUUUGAUGAAAGCAUGGUGCUACUAGUAUGUUGGAAAAAUUUAAAUAAAAAUGAAGCUACAGUAUUGCACAGAGUUUCAUUGAGUCAUGAAUUUGCACAGUAAAACAUUUGAGCUCUGUUUUAGCAUGAUGCUUUUUGUAUGGCUAACAAAUGUCUUUUGCUGCAUACUUAACUAAACGGGCGAUAGAGGGUGUUAUUGG